GGCACUCUCGCGCGCCUGCACUUAUUGUCCCUUCGCCACCCGCAUCACCUCCCGCCUCGUACGGCAAACCCAUGCAUCAUCUCCCUUGACCGCGCGAUCGAUCGACCAUCGAUCGAGCUAGCUACGCCAGAUCAAAUUAAAGCGCCCCCGCUACGCAUUGCCGCGGCGUACAUGGGCAAGAAGCCCGGCGGCGCCGGCUGGCUGGCCACCGUCAGGAAGGUCUUCAAGACCAGCCCCUCCUCCUCCCCGUCCAAGGACCCGCGCCACGCCAAGAAGGGGCUGGGAGGCGAGGAGCAAGAGGCAGCAGAGAUACUGUCCGUCGAGCACUUCCCGGCCACCGACACGUCGCCUGAGUUGACCAAUGAGGGCAGCGUCGGCUCCGUCGCCGGGUGGGCGCGGGAGGGCGGCGGGGUGGAGGCGGAGGCUAGAAGGGCGCGCCGCGCAAUGGCGUCGAGGAUGGCGAGGCUCGCGGCGCUGCGCGAGAGGGCCGCCGGCAGGGAGGACCGCGCCGCCGUGCGCAUCCAAGCAUUCUACCGGGGCUACUUGGCGAGAAGAGCCCUCCGCGCUCUACGCGGCCUGGUGCGGCUGCAGGCGCUGGUGCGCGGCCACCAGGUGCGCCGCCAGGUCCAUCACACCAUGCGCUGCAUGCAGGCGCUUGUCCGCGCGCAGGACCGCGUUCGCGCCCGCCGCCUCACCUCCCACGUCGCCACGCGUGGCCGUCCCGCCCCCGUCGUCCCCGCGCACGGUGCCCGUCGGCAGUCGUACGGGCAUGACCGCCUCUUCUUCGAUGACCACCAGGACGAGGAGGACGCGGAGACGGCAGCGCAGGUUCGGCGACCAAGAAACAGGCAUGGCAGCGUCGGCAACUUGAGCCCGUUCCAGGAAGGGUGGGACGCCGUCACCCGGGCCGGGGCCAUGCACCGACAUGACGACGCCGCGGCGUGGCCACCUGCUUAUGCGCAUGACUUCCAGCAGCACAAGAUUAAAUUCCCCAUCACGAACAAAUGCGGCUUGAGCGCGACGAGCUGGACAAGCGCAAGGCCGGCUGGCACUGGCUGGAGCGCUGCAUGGCGCCCAACAGUGCGCCGCCGGAGCAGGCCAACCAGCACUUAGCGGCGGCGGAGACGUCGUACGUGACGGCGGCAACGGCCACGGCCACCGAAGGCGUUUCGGAGAGGACCGUGGAGAUGGAGCCGAGCAGGAAGAGCUCUCCGACGGACCUGUACCCGGUGCGCGCCGAGGUGAUUCCCGGGUACAUGGCGGCG